AUGAAGUCCGGCCAAUUGUUUGCGAGCGUGGGUGUUGGUGGUAAUGAUAAGACCCAGGAGUUGUUCCGUUCACUAGAACAAACCGUGGAUGAGAUUACUCGUUUUGUUGCUGUGCCUACACUGGAAAUGAUGAUGAAUAUUGACAAGCUUGGUGUAAACACGUCCGACAACUUGCCUCUCCUGCAGGUACAUUUUCAAAACACGUUAGCCGGUCCCAUUCCCGCACAUACUUUUAGUACUUGGCAGGAGUUUUCGAAAUACAUCAGCGUCGUGUCCGAGGCUCAACGGCUGCUAUAUGAAUGUAGUGCUCGGAUAACUGGCGAACAGCAUCAAAUGCUUGAACGAGUGGCGGUUGGGGAAACGGACGUCUAUUUGCUGUAUACUGAUAUGGUCCGGGUAAGUGUCCAGGCCGAAGUGAACGCUCUGCGCGUGAAGAUUUCACCUUUCUCGUUGCGGGCCAUGCGUUACCUGUUGAACCCACUUGCCAUCAGCGACAAUCCAUAUGACAAACGUUUCCAUGACCUACGCGGUGGUAGUAUAGCCGAUUGCGCUAGUCUGUGUGCUAGUCCUCGAAAUACAAUUCAACGUCUACGAGAAUCUUCGGUGGAUGAUUUUAAGAUGUUGAGGCGAGUGGCAGAAGGACGACGACCUUCACCUGGGGAGCUCGUAUUUACGGAGGCUCUUAUGAUCGAGACCGCGAGCGCCGUUAUGGCCAACACGUCUGCGGUUGCUGGUGCAGACAUUCGGAUUCAGGUUGAUUCGAACAAGUUUGGCAUCAAGCUAGCUGAUGUGGUAGCCUACCUCAAGAAGUGCAACGAGCCAUGGAUCAUCGAAGAGCAUGAAACUGGCAGCGAACCGUCUUCGUGCACGGGAUUGGGUCACAAAACACACGGCUGGGCGGGGAUACGCUGGUGCUAUCACAUACCACGUAAGAUUCACAAGGUUGUUGCAAACCCAGUACCUUUUCCUCCUAAUGGAGUCUUAAUGGGAUGGCCGUCGUCAAGCUGGGAUCAGAGUCAAGACGAAGAUGCAGGCAGGCUUUGCGAUAUUCUGUGUCAAUUAAGAUGUUGGGACAGCAAGAAGACUUCUUAUGUCGUCGUGUGCGAAUUUCAUGUUCCCUGGGAAGUUGCGCUGCCAAAUGUAGGUUCUGAUGAGCCAGGAGAUGCCAGUGAACCAGAAACUUUUAUGGACUUGAUGAAUCAGUGGUUUGACGAUGACAUUGAGAAAGCGCACUAUCGAUUAAAAUUGCUUGAAUUUGGUGCUCGAACGAGGACGUUCUCAUUUGAUAGCAACCUUUCUUCGGACAAUUGGGAACUAAGAUGGAGAGCUCCGCUGCAGUAUGAACAAGAGUUCGAGAACAAGCAGAAGCGUCUCGUGGUAAACGCCUUGCUUGCAUCAUCGCUUCAGGUGCAUUCGGUGUUGACGUGUGACGCCUAUGAGCGCUUAGUAUCGACUGUUACACUUCCACUAAUUACGCUGUCUAUCAGCCAGGUGGGCUCAGGAAACGACUCUCACGAUAUUAUAACUGCCGAGCUUAAUGAUACAGUGCUCUCGUGUGCGACUUCGGGUCGUCUUCACACCAGGACGUUUAAUUUGUGUUUGUCGUCGUCGGUCCAAGCAUACCUUGACAACAUGGCUCAGCUGCUUACUGUAUCGAUUAUUCCGCGAACUUCAGUUGACGCAACAGUCGAGGUAUCUCGAAAGGGCGUUGAGCUUGCCGCCCAGAUUGGUCCAGUCUCCGUCCUUUUAAAUCAGACAACGAUGCUUGUGAUUUCGUCAAUUCCAAAGCUCCUGCAGACGAAUACAACAACUUCUGACGAUGCUCCAGUAAAUGUGGAUAACAAGCUGUGCAAGAUGCGCAUAAGCAUUGUCAAUUGCUCAGGUAUGGAUAUCCGGUAUCGACAAGAAGGAACUCCUGAGUGCUUAUUCUUAGCUGCAGACACCAGUGCAGCAUAUAGCUGGCUCUCCUUGGCAAGUUACCCGUUUUAUGAGCUUAGCUUUGCUGUGGAGAAUACGGGUCAGGAGCCAAUCGAAGCACAUAACAGCCAAGACAAGAAAAGCAAUGGCGAGCAGGCGGUGCACAAUGAUCUUCUCUGGUGCGAUCCAUGCAGGAUCAAAGAAAAUGCUGUAACUGGUCGUUAUUUGGGCGCUCGCGGCUUCUUGUGGGUUUGUGUGGAGCUGAAUGGUUUACAGACGAUAGUAACGCUUCGAUCGUCGCUGACUGUUCAAAAUCGUUGUCACUUUCCGGUGCUGAUCAAAGUGAAUGAGGAAACUCCCACAUUUCAUCCUAGAAGACUUGAGAAGUUCUGUCAAGAGAGCUGCAUUAAGAGUAGUGUAAAGUGUCACUCUAAAUGUACUUCAUUGGACGGAUCGGGGUGCACUCUAUCCGUAUCUGCAGAAGCAGAUGACGAUGAGUUGCGGAUUAUGCUGAAGUCCUUGGCAUCUGUAGAAUUUAGUAUCGACGAAGCCUCUUGGUGCAGUGUGCCAAUGCAAGAAAACAUCCCUAGCGAGUUCGACCUAGUAAAAAAUUGUGACGGCUACGAGGAUGGUUUAAAGAAAACACAAUGCAGUUCCGUAGCCCUCUCUUCGCGAAAUCCUGGCGAGCGCACUCAGUACGCUUGGGUUAAGAUUGCUCGUGCGCAAUGCAGGACUGUGCUGCCUACCGACUUUGACCCGAUGCAACCCCAGAUAUCGUGGCGAUACACUUGGAUGGAGGUUUCGUUGUGGCCUGCUAUCGUCGUGGAGAAUACAAUGGACUUUUCAGUGGUGCUCUCCUUUAUACAGAAGACUACCUUUGUCGAGUUGGAUAUCGCCCCUUCGACCGAAAAAGAUUUGUCGAUAAUCAAUCCGUGUGAGCCGGUAGACGUACAAUUGCAAUACGAAUCAAGUUCCGGUAAUGCUCCAGCCGCUGCGGAGUCACUGACAUUUUGCAUCUCCUACGGAAAUCCGAGUGAACAUGUUUUUGUCUUUGAGGGCUGUAGAGCGGUCGUGAGCUUUUGCAAGGAUCGUCGCCCAAUGGUUCGAAUCAAAAUCGAGCGCAUCCUUAGCAUUGCAAACAUGACGCCGCACGUUUUGGCCAUUAACGUAAGCAGCCCUCUUAAAAAUCGACGUGCUUUGGAGAAGAUCGGCUCAUGUGUCGAGCGCUCUGUCGGGGUUCUACCAGUCAGCACCUAUUUGGUGAUCUCAAUCGCAAUAGUUGAAGACUUGAACAACGAGGAAGGUCCGGUAAAAUGGUCUCCAGAAGCUUCACUCAAUGUGAAAGGUGAUGCGAAAUCAAUCAUUGUGCCAGCUGCGGGUCCGGGACCACCAAGUUUGGCCAGUGCGUACUGUAUCGAAAUGGUCAACCUGGAUGGCUACCUGAAGCUCAUGAUCCGUCCGCAGGUUGUGGUGAUCAAUUCAACGAAUUACUCCCUCAUGUGUCUUCCUACAGACAACCAAGGUAAUAUACUGAACGCAGACGAACCAUCGCAGUUGAUACCGAACAAAAAUGCCGGAUGGUGUGUGCCUGUAUGUCUGUACAAAGAGGAAGAAAAGAGAGGCUUUACUGCUGGUGUGUCAUCUUGGUUUAGCUCGAAGCUAUCAAGGCACUCGAACGAGGAUGCCUUGAAGACUUCGAAUCAGGCUUUAGUCGUAAAACUGUCUUGCUCCUUUCGGGUAAGUCUCGCGGAAGAUGGUUACGACGAGUGGACAGAGGAAAUAUCGAUAUUGCUCCCGGAAAUUUCGCUUCUGGCUCAUCCCGAUGGCAGCCUGGAAACGGUUGAUCCACUGUCGACCUCAGUAAAAAACACAGAUAACCUGUAUCCAGCUCCUUCUACAACCACUCGCCGAAGGCGUUUGCUAAUUCGCCACCGUGACAUGAGGCACAGAAUGCUGACGUUUACAGUAACGCAAAACGGAAUGUCGAUCCAGGUACUCUUCUUCGAUGAUCACCAGCCACCUAUGGUAAUCCAUAAUCAGUGGCAAAGAGCGUUGGGUUUUCGAAAUGUGUCAUUCCCAUCGAAUCCAGAAGGCGUUGGUGCAGACUUCUACCUUGAGUACGACUGGCAUCUACAGAUGUCAGCGAAGAACCGCAAAUCGAAACAAAGAGGGGCAGAAGAAAUUCCCAAAAGUAGCAAUAAGGACAAUGACGAGCUGCUGGGCGACUGGAUAAGCGACUCACGAUCGCUAGAUAGCGUACACAUGUCUGAUUCAGCAAUGAAUGACCGUAUGCGUUUCCAGAUUGGAUUGCCGGAAUACGGGUGGUCCAACGCGCUUUGGCAGGUUGGCGGGAUCCAAUUUGCAUCGUUUGCAAGCGAGAAGGAGAACACGAUAGAUACAGCAACUCCGACCUUCUUGGUAAUGUGCCUGUAUCGAGCAGGGUCGUGGCUGAUAUCUAUUACCUGCUUAGAGGAGGAUCCAACACGUGAUGUUCAUGCGGGUCAAAUGCCACCGUUGAUUUCACCCGCAAUGGCAACAUCGACAGCAGUGCAGAAUACUAAACCAACGUCGCUGAAAAUUAGCUUGGUUGUGAAGGAGCUGUCUCUCCAUCUCUGCGAUGAAUACGACCCCGUGCAGGAUACGAGGGGCAUGAUUAUUUACCCAGAAAUUCUGCGAUUGACUUGUACUGCAGUAUCGAUUGCAUUUGCUACGACUCCCGAUCCACCCGAAGUGUCCCGUCACAGUGACCGUUUGGGUUACCUGUCACACAUCCGAUCAUACACAACCAUCUUCGUUGCGAUUGGGGACAUUGAAGUGAGGCAUUUCUUGAAAACCUGCAACUUUCCGGUGAUCAUCUGCUUUCCGAGAACUCAUGAGUCGAAAGAAUUGCUACAAUCAGAUCUAAUGGACAAUCUCCUUGGCAAACAGUUGCCUGGUACAGGAAAUACCAGCUUGUUGAUCAGGGUCAUUUACGCAGAUACGUGGGAUCCAGUUAAUAUCCCAUCUUACUUCCACACGGUUGAGCUAAACUUGUCCCCGGCCGUCGUUCAGGUAGAAGAUGACAUCUUGUUGUACUUAAACGCUUUCGUUCGGCCAAUACUUGAUGCCCUGGAAGGUAAAGCUGCUUCAGGCACGGUUGCCUACGGUGGAAAUCAAGGCCAUGAAACUUGUCAUGAGGAUACCUGGAGUUUGUACGCAUACGAAUCAGCGAUGAUAUCAAAACAGCACAAAGUGUUUAUCGGACGUCUCGAAAUCAGCAGCAUAGAGGUGGUCAUCACCGCGCGUGUGUCAAUUCCUGUACUAAACAGUUUUGAUGGCACACCGCUGCACUUCGGGUCGACCAAGUUGCGAGAUGUGUUUUCUUUCCCCGACCAGCUGUGCAAGGAUCUGGCAGCAGACUAUGUCGCCGAUACCAUCGUUCGCUCUCCAAUGCUUUUAAUGUCGCUGAACAUUAUUGGCAACCCCGCGGGUUUUCUACGGAGCUUCGGCCAGGGAGUUCGAAAUCUUGUUGAAAUUCCCUUAUCUGCGUCCAAAAAAGGCUACAAUCCGUGGUUACUCACAAAGGGUGUUGCGGGCGGUGUUGCCUCUUUCUUAGGCCAUGCCACGGUAGCAACGCUCACCUCCGUGUCCGGCUUUUCAUAUUCCAUUUCUCGAACAAUGGAUCAACUCACGUUGCCAAUGGAUCAGCUUCGAAAGCGCCAUUACAUCCGACCAACUCAUUUGUCGUCAGCUCUUGCUGAAGGUUUGGGAUCGCUAGGAUCGAGUGUGGUUGGUGCAGCAGCUGGAGUGAUCACGACUCCGAUUGCUGUUUACAAGGAACGCCAGCGACAAGGACUUGACACUGGGAUUCGAAACGUAGUAGGUGGUGUUGGCAUGGGGUUGGUGGGCGUUCUCGCUCGACCGAUGGGUGGCGUAGCAUCACUUGUGUCGAUGACUUCAGACGGCCUGCUCUACGGGAUCAAUAGCAACCACAUGCCGCUUUCUGACUACGUCUCGCGUUUCGAUGCCCGACCUAACGAAUUACUCCGUUACAAGCUCAAGGUGCUACCAGACGAAGUUGGCAGCAGCUUGGUGUUCGCGCAUGGUAUUUGGGUCGUUUCAGAUGAGAAUAAGUUGGCCGGUUUCGGGCAGGACCUCGACUUCAUACCGAGCGAGCUUUUGGAUACGCCAGAGAACGAGUCGAUUCGCGGCCUUUUGCUGCCGGAUGACAGAUCAAGCUAUCUGGUUCACGUGACGUUGGUAUGUUCGAAGGUCUGUGUGUACGUUGUGGGAGUGAGCGGUGCGCAGAAUCAAGCAGUGUUAGUUCGAACGCCGCUGGAAUCGAUCAAAGCAGUUGAAGAAAGUCUCACGAAACCAACCGUUCUUGAUCUGGGCAUCAAAGCGACAGCAAGCGCUGAGUGGUUGCGCUUCCGACUUCUAUCACGACAACGACGGCAUUUGAGCCACCAACUGCGGCUUUGGAUGGAUGAAGAUUCCGUCUCGUAG